AUGAGCCACAUCUUCCACCCCGCCUGUGGUCUGCUUGGGAAGAGUGUAGUUCAGCCUAACACGCUGGUGACAGCUGAGCUUGGAGGUACUGUGACUCUUGUAUGUUUCCAUCCUGCAGAAGAAGUGUCAUUGAUCAGCUGGUUAAAGCAACCUCUUGGAGAGAAGCCUCAGCUUGUAGCAACAAUGACAAAAUAUGAAUCAGAUGCUAUAUUUUCGAAUGAGUUUAAAAACAGCACACGUCUGAAUGCUAAAGCAACAAAAGGAAACUUUAACCUGACUAUCUCAAAAGUAGAGCCGUCUGAUUCAGCAACAUUCUACUGUACGACGACUACCAGCUUCAGUGGGAUUAGUUUUGGAGAUGGAACUACUUUAAUAGUGAGGGAGUCCCAGAGCAGGACAGUAGUACUCCAGCAGCCCGAGUCUGAGUCAGUGCAGUCAGGAGACUCUGUGCCUGACUCUGUGCAGUGUACAGUACACACUGAGACCUGUGCAGGAGAACACAGUGUGUACUGGUUCAGUCCAGGCUCAGGAGAGUCCCCUCCAGGAAUCAUUCACACCCAUGGACACAGGAGUGAUGAGUGCCAGAGGAGCUCUGGGACUGUGUCUCCCACACAGAGCUGUGUCUACAACUUCCCCAAGAGGAACCUCAGCCUCUCUGAUGCUGGGACUUACUACUGUGCUGUGGCCACCUGUGGGGAGAUCCUGUUUGGGAACGGGACCAAAUUGCAUGUUGAGGAAAACCAACAACUUCCUCUUUAUUGCUUGGUGGGAGCUUUGGCGUUGAGUGUGAUCCUGAAUGUUGUCCUCGCUGUGAACAGGAGCAGAAGCAGUGAGAAUUCCAGAGUGUCAAGAUGA